AUGGAAAUCACAAGUGGACCCUUUUAUACAACAUCCUCAGGACUUUUGGAAAGCGUCGACAAAAAACUCAUGGUGAUAUUGCGAGAUGGUCGUAAGCUUAUUGGUAUUCUACGAUCGUUUGACCAGUUUGCCAACUUGGUAUUGCAGGAUACAAUCGAAAGGAUAUAUGUGGGCAACUGCUAUGGUGACAUCCCAAGGGGCAUUUUCUUGAUCCGAGGUGAAAACGUGGUUCUCUUGGGUGAAAUAGAUGUUGACAAGGAGCACCGGACGAACUUGCGGCAAGUGCCAGUAGAAGAUAUCUUGAUCGCACAACGUGAAGAAAUGGAAGCCAAACAACGCGUAGACAAGAUACGGAGUCGAGUAUUACAUGAACAAGGUUUUUGCGUCGAUAAUGCUCAAAACGAUCUGUAUUAG